UGUAUGGAUGGGACGAGAGACGAGGUCUUAAUGUUGGAUGGCUGGGGUUGUGAUGAUCUCGUGUACAAUACGAAAAGGCAAGAAUAAUAAUUGAAUUGCAAUCUUUUUGCGAUAUUUUUGGUCUCCUGUCGUCUUCGAAUGAAACCAAUCCCGACUUCGCUGUCGUUCUACGUCUCCUCGUCCAUAUGUUCGUGGAUCUGCUCGGCUUGUUAUUCGCGGUGCCGUUCCAUGAAGCCAGUGACAUCACCGCCGUUCAUUUCAGCACUGUGCAUGGAGGCAAUAUUUGCCGGUCAUGAAAUGUAUUGUAUACUAACUUCGAGACGCUUUAUCAAAGCUAAGGCUCUUCACAUACGGUCGAAGAGAAAAGUUGCUGCCUCUUCUCGCCUCGCGUGGGACCGUUAUGCUUGUCCAAUCGUUAGGCUAGUACCUAAUGUAGGCCUCUUUCAUCCGACCUGUACGAGAAAUGUGUAAAUCUGGCACCAUCACUAAACAGGCCAAGUCUCAAGUGUUCGAAUAACAAACAUCAGUCUCUCUUCUUUUUCCAUGUCGUUAUAUAUCUUACUGGUCAACAUAUUGGUAAAGCAUACACACCACUGACGGCAAGCCGAACGACGCCUC